AUGGAGCGGACGGCCGUGAAAGUAGUGGGCAAUGGUGACUUUAUUCUGGGAAUGCGGGGAGGGGGCCCCCCCACCGCUGGCCCCUGGGCACAGCAUCUCUGCACCCGGGGCCGGUGGUCUCUCCGGGAACACGGGGAGUGGAGACUGGCAUGCUGGCUGGCGCUGGCCACUGGAAUCAGCUGUGAGAAAGCUUUCAGCACAGGUACUUAUUGUGUAAUCCAUGAAAAACUUCACACUGGGCAGAAAUCGCAUAUAUGUAAGAAAUGUGGGAAAGCUUUUAGCAGUAAAAUUCAUUUUCAAAUACAUGAAAAUGUUCACACUGGAGAGAAACCCUAUGUGUGUAAGCAAUGUGGAAAAGGUUUCACCCAACUUGGACGUUGUAAGGAACAUGAAAGAAUUCACACUGGAGAGAAACCAUAUAUGUGUCAGCAAUGUGGAAAAGGAUUCACCAGAUCUGAACAUUGUAAGCAACACGAAAGAAUUCACACUGGAGAGAAACCAUAUGUAUGUAAGCAAUGUGGGAAAGCUUUUAACACACAUGCAAGUUAUAAGGUUCAUGAAAGAAUUCACACAGAGAAACCCUAUGUAUGUAAGCAAUGUGGGAAAGCUUUUAGAACACAGGGAGAAUGUAAGAAUCAUGAAAGAAUUCACACUGGAGAGAAACCCUAUGUAUGUAAGCAAUGUGGGAAAGCUUUUACCACACCUGGACAUUGUAAGGAACAUGAAAGGAUUCACACUGGAGAGAAACCAUAUUUAUGUAAGCAAUGUGGAAAAGGAUUCACCAGAUCUGAACAUUGUAAGCAACACGAAAGAAUUCACACUGGAGAGAAACCAUAUGUAUGUAAGCAAUGUGGGAAAGUUUUUAACACAAGUGCAAAUUGUAAGGUUCAU